ACACACUAUCAUGUGUAUUUAUAUUAAAUCUAUGGUACUAAUAGUCUUCAGAGAUUCUUCCUUAGUUUUAUUUAUUCAUUUGUAGUUCAGAUUUGUAACUACUUAUCAAUCUGUGGUUUGUAACGACUGAUGAUGGGCAUUGUUCAGUCUCUGUGGACAGUUUCAGUUGCUAAAAUAAAAGUUGUGCUUGUGUUUUGUAUGUAACUUUAUUGUGAAUCACAAGUGUACCGAAAAGUUAUUUUAGUGAAGUGUAUACAAUUUUCUGUGUGGUGCGGAGUUUACAAAAGUACGUAUUGUAUAAUCUCAAUAUAACAUUAUUUUCAAUAAACAGUUGUCAACUCUUCGAUCUACUUUCACUUUUAAAAAGGGUAAUCACAAUGGAAGCGCUACAGCGCAGUUCGACGACCACUCGCCAAUUUGCAUAGCAGCCUUGGGAAAGUGAAGUGCACCGUUGGACCGCAGGAUGCCGAUCGCACCGCGCGGCCCUCCGCACGACUUAAUCCCACCCUACCGCCUGCAACACCAUAGGAGACCGAUCUCAACCCUCAAGUGGCCUUAGAAUAUUUUAAAGUGUAACUUUUAUACGCCUCUUUUACACCGACCUAAUAAGCAUAAGUACAGUGUUUAGUGUUAAGUGUCGCGCGCGAGUGUAAGUGUAUAUGUGUGUCGAUGGUGCGGCCGACAUGGGAAAGUCCUCGGCGAGAACACAUGGCCAAGAGAAUGAACGGAGAAUCAAAGCGAACAACAGGGAAUACAACGCGCAGUUCCGCUACGCCAACAACUACAUCAAGACAUCGAAGUACUCGAUCAUAACGUUCCUGCCACUGAACCUGUUGGAGCAGUUCCAGCGGCUGGCGAACUUCUACUUCCUGUGUCUGCUGGUGCUGCAGCUGAUCCCGGCCAUCUCGUCGCUCACCCCCAUCACUACCGCGAUACCGCUCAUUGGGGUGCUCGCCCUUACUGCCGUUAAAGACGCUUACGACGACUUUCAACGUCAUCAAAACGAUUCUCAAGUGAACCACAGAAGAGCGAAAACUCUUCGUAAUGGCAAGCUUGUGGAGGAGAAGUGGGCGUCUGUUCAGGUGGGAGACGUCAUCCGGCUGGAGAACGACCAGUUCGUCGCCGCGGACAUCCUUCUCCUCAGCAGUUCGGAGCCCAACGGGCUCUGCUACAUUGAGACUGCAGAGUUAGACGGGGAGACAAAUUUAAAAUGUCGUCAGUGCCUUCUGGAGACGGCCGCCAUGGGUCAGGACGAUGCACAACUGGGCGCGUUCGACGGCGAGAUCGUCUGCGAAACGCCCAACAAUCUACUUAAUAAGUUUGAUGGUACGCUGAGCUGGCGUGAGCAGCACUUCUCGCUGGACAACGACAAGAUCCUGCUGCGUGGAUGCGUCUUGCGCAAUACGUCGUGGUGCUACGGCGUUGUGGUGUUCGCGGGCAAGGACACCAAGCUCAUGCAGAAUUCCGGCAAGACCAAGUUCAAGCGCACCAGUAUAGAUAGGCUACUUAAUUUUCUUAUUAUAGGGAUAGUGCUGUUUUUAUUGUCAAUGUGUGUGUUCUGCACGGUCGCGUGCGGCGUGUGGGAGUGGCUGGUGGGGCGCUACUUCCAGGCGUACCUGCCGUGGGACACGUUGGUGCCGGCCGAGCCCGCGUCCGGCGCCAUCGUCAUCGCUCUGCUCGUGUUCUUCUCCUACGCCAUCGUCAUGAACACUGUCGUGCCUAUAUCGCUCUACGUUUCUGUCGAGGUGAUAAGAUUUGCGCAGAGUUUCUUAAUUAAUUGGGAUGAAAAAAUGUAUUACGAAAAGUCUGGAACAGCUGCUAAAGCGCGCACCACAACGCUGAACGAAGAACUAGGUCAGAUCCAGUACAUAUUUUCCGAUAAAACUGGUACAUUAACACAAAACAUAAUGACGUUCAAUAAAUGUUCGAUAGCGGGUGUAUGCUAUGGAGAUGUGAUUGAUGAGAACACGGGCGAAAUUAUGGAAGUGACUGACCGAGGCAAGCGGCGCAGCAAAGGGACCGGCGGCGCUGCCUUGGGUGCCACUGGGCCCGCGGGCGCUACGGUCGCGGUGACGGCCACGCCAGGCGCCAACGGAGCACGUACCCGCCUGCUGGAGACCGAGCACGAGCAAGGACGGAGCACGCCCGGCGCUACGCCGCACAGCACGGAACCUCUGGACUUCUCAGACAACCCGGAGUAUGAACCGGAGUUUAAGUUCUUCGAUUCUAAGUUGUUGAAAGCCGUGAAGCAAGGCGACAGACACGUGUUCGACUUCUUUCGUUUGCUCGCACUAUGCCACACGGUUAUGCCCGACCAGAAGAACGGCCGCCUUGAAUAUCAGGCGCAGUCGCCAGACGAGUCAGCACUGGUAUCCGCGGCGAGAAAUUUUGGUUUUGUGUUCAGAGAGCGAUCGCCUAAUACUAUUACGAUAGAAGUUAUGGGGAAAACAGAGGUGUAUGAGUUGUUAUGUAUAUUAGAUUUUAAUAAUGUUAGGAAAAGAAUGUCCGUGAUAUUAAAGAAGGAUGGUGAAAUUAGGUUAUAUACUAAAGGUGCUGAUAAUGUAAUAUACGACAGAUUAAAACGUAGCAACCAGGAGGAAGUUAAAUCAAAAACACAAGAGCAUUUAAACAAGUUCGCGGGCGAGGGUCUACGUACACUGGCCCUCGCGUGGCGGCCUUUGGAAGAGCGGGGUUUCGCGGAGUGGAAGAGACGUCACCAGGCCGCUGCGCUCGCGAUUCACGACCGAGACGAACGCCUCGAUGCCAUAUAUGAGGAGAUUGAGACUGACCUCAUCCUGUUGGGUGUCACAGCCAUUGAAGAUAAAUUACAAGAUGGUGUGCCAGAGACGAUAGCGAAUUUAAGUAUGGCUGGCAUGAAAAUAUGGGUACUUACAGGAGAUAAACAAGAGACAGCCAUAAACAUCGGCUACUCGUGCCAACUGCUGACGGACGACAUGGCGGAGGUGUUCGUGAUAGACGGCGCGGCGCACGACGACGUAGACCGCCAGCUCGCCAAGUGUCGCGACUCCAUCCGCGUCGUCAACACAUUCCUGCCACACGGAUCAUCCGAAGCCAAGAGCUCAAGUGUAGAGACAGCGAACGGCGGCGGUUCAGUGUCGCGGCCGUCCCCGGGCCGCUCCGCCAACGUAAAGCUAAACGCGCCCGCCGUCUCCGUCGUAACAUUUAGGUGGGAACUUAACACACUAGCACACGACAGCAACGAGUACGUUACGGCCGGCGGGCCUUACUCUGCGGACGCUCACGAGCACAACGCCGACGACUCCAACGGGUUCGCGAUCGUCGUCAACGGACACUCCCUCGUGCACUGUCUGCAUCCCAAGCUAGAGGAAAAGUUCCUUGACGUCGUACUGCAGUGUCGGUCGGUGAUCUGCUGUAGAGUGACGCCAUUACAAAAAGCCAUGGUAGUUGAGCUUAUCAAGAAAAGCAGAAAAGCGGUCACGCUCGCAAUAGGGGACGGUGCCAAUGAUGUAUCUAUGAUAAAAGCGGCACAUAUAGGCGUUGGAAUCUCAGGCCAGGAGGGCAUGCAAGCAGUAUUAGCGUCCGAUUACUCGAUAGCGCAGUUUAGGUUCCUGCAACGACUACUGCUGGUGCACGGCCGGUGGUCGUACUACCGGAUGUGCAAGUUUCUGCGGUAUUUCUUUUAUAAGAACUUCGCGUUCACGGUCUGCCACUUUUGGUUCGCGAUGUUCUGUGGAUUUAGUGCACAAACGGUGUUCGACGAGAUGUUCAUCUCGGUGUACAACCUGUUCUACACGUCGCUGCCGGUGCUGGCGCUAGGCGUGUUCGAACAGGACGUGUCGGACGCCACGUCGCUACAGUUCCCCAAGCUGUACGCGCCCGGCCACACCAGCCAGCUGUUCAACAAGACUGAGUUCAUCAAGUCCACGCUGCACGGUUGCUUCACCUCGCUCGUGCUCUUCCUCAUACCCUACGGUACUUACAAAGACGGGUUGGCGCCCGACGGCAAGAUAUUGUCAGACCACAUGUUACUAGGGAGUGUCGUGGCUACGAUACUAAUUAUUGACAACACGACACAGAUCGCGUUAGAUACAACAUACUGGACGGUAUUCAACCAUGUCACAAUCUGGGGCUCGUUGGUGUCGUAUUUCGUGUUGGAUUAUUUUUACAACUACGUGAUCGGCGGCCCCUACGUGGGCUCGCUGACUGUGGCACUCACGCAAGCUACCUUCUGGUUUACUGCCGUGCUCACUAUGAUGAUCCUGAUGGUGCCGGUGGUGUCGUGGCGGCUGGCGUGUUCGCGGCGGCGACCAACGCUGGCGGAGAGGUUGCGUGCGCGCACGCGGUGGCGCCGUGCGGCCGCAGCGCCUGCACCGCGCACGCCGUCCGCACGCCGUGCGCGGCGCUCCGUGCGCUCCGGAUACGCUUUCGCCCACCAGGAGGGCUUCGGUCGCCUCAUCACGUCGGGCAAGAUCAUGCGGCGAAUCCCGCACGCCGACGCCGCGCUGUCGGCGCUCGCCUCGCUGCCGGGCAAGUUCCAUCCGCGGUCGUCAACGCCGCCGCCCUCUCCGCCUUCGCCGCCUUCGCCGCGGGCGCCCAAACAAGACCUCGAUUCCGUCGACUUAUGAGCCCAGCGGACGACUGCGAGCGGCCCUUACUCUUGAGAAGUCGAGCAGAACGCGAGAACGGAGUGCGACCGGGACCCGGACCCGGCCGAGCGGCUAUCCGUAAUCGGUUGACGUCUUCGCUAGCGAUAGUGUUCUUUUAAUAAAAAGACGUAAAAUGUACAAUAUAAGAUCGACAGUAAUGUUUGUAAAUAAUAAAUUGGUUACAAACGA